CUGGUCAUGGCAAGUGAAGCCUGGCUGGACUCAUCCCUGAAGCGCUCGGCCAGGCUGGGCCUGGAGGUGCUGGAGCGGGCGUCCAGACGGACUGUGGUCUGGACAGACACCAGCACGCCCCAGACCCCCAUCCCAUCUGAUGAAGGCGCUCAGAGAACCCACUCAGAGCUCAGUGAUGCCUUUACAGCCAUUGCAGAGUUAAUGGCGCAGACCACCCAUCACUGCAAGAGGUUUUAUGAGUCUGGCUGCUGCUCUGAGCCCAGUGACAUCGAGAGGACCCACGUGUCCCGGUUCCACGUGAGUCCAGAAGCCCAGAGGACCAGAUCCCCUUCAACGGGGAAUCAAGAAAAUACAGAAAAGACAGAGAAAAGCUGCGUUUCUGCAACGGGGGAAGAGUUUUACAUCGAGGUGUCGCCCGGAACCUACAAGAUCACUGCCAGCGUGCCCGAUUCCCAGCAGCAGACCCAGCUGGUCACCAUAGAAGCCGGUGAGAGUGUCAACCUCAUCUUUGACCUCUGA